AUGAUAAAAAGAAAUGAUAAUGAUAAUGGCUCAAUUAAAUCAAUAUCAUCUAAACCAAAAUUCUUAAAAGAAAAUGAAUUAGAAGUAGAAGACAAAUUAACCAUUUUUUACCCAAAAACACCACGUCGUGGUAAAGUUAAAAUCUCUUGUGAUAGUCAAUAUUUCUCAUUUCAAGAUUUAAUUCGAAUUUAUCCAAAAUCAGAUUUAAAAAAUAAUAACUAUGUUUAUUACAAUCCUAUUAAAAAUAAUAAUAAUAAUAAUAAUAAUAAUAAUAAUAAUAAUAAUAAUAAAAAUAAUAAUAAUAAUAAUAAUAAUAAUAAUAAUAAUAAUAAUAAUAAUAAUAAUAAUAAUAAUAAUAAUAAUAAUAAUAAUAAUAAUAAUAAUAAUAAUAAUAAUAAUAAUAAUAAUAAUAAUAAUAAUAAUAAUAAUAAUAAUAAUAAUAAUAAUAAUAAUAAUAAUAAUAAUAAUAAUAAUAAUAAUAAUAAUAGUAAUAAUGAAGAAAGUGAUAUAGUAUCAAAUUGCAUUGAUAAAUUGAAAGGAGAAUUAUCAUCUUCAUCAUCAUUAAAUGAAUUACCAAAACCAUCAGAUAUCUUUAAUUAA